CUCUGGUUUUUACAAAACAUGGCUGCUUCAUCCUCGUACCCUCUGAAAGAUGACCUGGAUAUUGUCAUACCUACGAUUCGUAACCUCGAUUUCCUCGAAAUGUGGAGGCCAUUCUUUCAACCAUAUCAUUUGAUCAUUGUUCAAGAUGGUGAUCCUUCUAGAACGAUAAAGGUCCCUGAUGGGUUUGAUUACGAGCUUUAUAAUCGAAAUGAUAUUAACAAGAUCUUGGGUCCAACAGCUUCCUGUAUUUCGUUUAAGGAUUCAGCUUGUCGAUGCUUUGGGUAUAUGGUUUCCAAGAAGAAGUAUAUCUUCACCAUCGAUGACGAUUGUUUUGUAGCGAAGGACCCGACUGGGAAAGACAUAGAUGCACUUCAACAACACAUCAAUAACCUCCUCCACCCUUCAACGCCUUAUUUCUUCAACACCCUUUAUGAUCCUUUCUCCGAUGGUGCAGAUUUUGUCCGUGGUUACCCUUUCAGUCUUCGUGAGGGUGUCCCAACCGCAGUAUCUCAUGGUCUAUGGCUCAACAUCCCCGACUAUGAUGCACCAACACAACUCGUUAAGCCCCGAGAGAGAAACACAAGGUAUGUUGAUGCAGUUAUGACACUCCCAAAGGGGAUCUUAUUCCCUAUGUGUGGAAUGAACCUCACAUUUGAUCGGAGCCUCAUUGGUCCAGCCAUGUACUUCGGACUCAUGGGUGAUGGUCAACCUAUUGACCGCUAUGACGACAUGUGGGCCGGAUGGUGUGUCAAGGUUAUAUGUGACCAUUUAGGGCUCGGGAUCAAGACAGGGCUACCCUACAUUUGGCAUAGCAAGGCAAACAACCCAUUCGUGAACCUUAAAAAAGAAUACAAAGGCAUAUUUUGGCAAGAAGAGAUUAUCCCAUUUUUCCAAGACGCUACUCUUCCAAAAGAGUGCACAACGGUGCAAGCUUGCUAUAAAGAAUUAUCGAAACAAGUUAAGGAUAAACUCGGAAAAAUUGACCUGUAUUUUGUCAAGCUUGCAGACGGCAUGGUUACAUGGAUCGAUGCUUGGGAGGAACUCAACCCAUCAGCUAAGGCAACUAAUGGAAAGUGAAGAGAUAUAUUAUAUAUACAUAGACAUCAUCUUGGACAACGUUGAGCAUAAUAAACAUGAUGGUUUAAAUUUAUUGUUUUUGUUUAUGGAUCGAAG